AUGAACCAGCAGCGUCUGUGUCUCUGCAAGUUCAAAACCCCGUACUGUCCCUUUAAAUACACAGUCCUGGGCUGCAGGUGUAGUUCCCACAGGACCAAGUUAUAUGAGUUGGACGAUGGAGAAAAGCGCAAAGAGUUUCUCGACGAUCUCUUCAGUUUCAUGCAGAAACGAGGGACUCCAGUGAAUCGGAUUCCUAUCAUGGCCAAGCAGGUGUUGGAUCUCUACAUGCUCUACAAGCUCGUCACAGAAAAGGGCGGCUUAGUGGAAGUCAUCAAUAAGAAAAUAUGGCGCGAGAUCACCAAAGGUCUUAACCUCCCUACCUCCAUUACCAGUGCAGCUUUCACUCUCCGAACACAGUAUAUGAAGUACCUCUACCCGUAUGAAUGUGCAAAGCGGGGCCUCAGCUCCCCCGGUGAGCUUCAGGCAGCUAUCGACAGCAACCGGCGGGAAGGCCGUCGACAGAGCUACGGCUCAGCCAUCUUCAACUACUCUCCUGUGGGCACCCCCACCCUCCUGUCCUCCCCCAAAAUGCAGAUGUCCCACUUACCCACGCUCACUCACAACAGCGUCCACAUGGCCCAGGUGCCUGUGAUCAAAAAGGAGGACUCCAUGAUGGCCGGCUGCCUGCCCAGCCGAGUGGCCCUCCCCAUGUCGCCCAGCGGCCACCACGGAUCCGCUGUGGCGGCGCAGGCGGCGGUGCAGGCGGCGCAGGCGGCUCAGGCGGCGGCUGCCAUGCAGGCGGCGGCUCUGGAGCAGCUCAGAGAGAAGCUGGAGAGCGGUGAACCGCCGGAGAAGAAGAUGAUGAUGAUGGCAGAGGAGCAGCACAGGAUCAUGCAGCACGCCCUGCAGCAGAACCUGCUGGCCAUGGCCACGCAGCUGCCACUCAACAUCAAACUGAACAACAGAGAUGAUAGACAAGAGACCGCAUUGAACCUGUCUACCAACGGCAUUAGCAGCAUCAACAUGUCAAUAGAAAUAAAUGGAGUUGUCUACACAGGCGUCCUGUUCGCUCGACAGUCGCCCAUCGCAGCGAUGAUGGGACACCGUGGGAAACACAGCAGCUAUCAGACUCAGGGAAAGACCAGUCCCGCACAGUUCCAGCCCUCCUGCUCCUCUUCCUCCUCAGCCUCCUCCUCCUCUUCCUCACUCCAUGGACACAGAAACCCCUCCCCCUGAGUGUCCUGUCCCUCCUCCUCGCACAUCACCCCAGAGGAGAGCCACUGUCUUCCCCAAGACAUGAAGCGGUUGGAGACGUGAUCAUCAGACAAAGUCCAGUAGCUUUUGAAGGUGGAUUUUCAUCCACGGUCACAUUUCUUUAGUAGGUCACAGCAGCAGACUAAACACUUUGGUAAGAGACCUGUCCGUCCCUCUGUCCGUCUGUCCGUCUGUCCGUCUGUCCGUCUCUUUCCCUGCUCUUAAUUAGUAGUGUGUGCGUUUCCAGGACAUUUAACCUCUGUGUGUGUGUGUGUGUGUGUGUUGUCUCAUUGUGGAACAGUACAAAAGCACAGUCGGCUCUCAAACUAAGGUGCAGCCUCGGUGAAGCCAAAGGAACAAUCUAUCCUGUGCACCAUUACAAUGAAAAGGCUGUGGCCGACCUUCAGCAGCCAUCAACAGUUUGUCUGAGUGUGUGUCUGUGUGUGUCUGUGUGUGUGUGUGUGUUGUCAGACAAACCUCAGACAAAUCACUGCGUACAGCUGAUACCAAAGAAACGUGCAGCAUCACAUUCUCCCAAUAAGCAACAAACAUCCUAAUGUAAUCUAGAAGUGGAUUUUAUCACGUGUUCUGUGGCGCUAACACACGCUAACACACGCUAACACACGCUAACACUUAGCCAAAACCAAGGCUAUGAAAGAGGGGUGUGUGUGUGUGUGUGUGUGUGUGUGUGUGCCUUGUUUUUACUGAGUUAACAUCUGUGCAGAUGAAGGUUCAUGUAGAUCCACUGUCAGUGGAGCCCAGACGCACAGAAGCCUCCAGACCCUGAGACCUGUGUCCCAGAGGCCGACCAGUAUUACAGUCACAUUGUUCCUUCAGGGGCAGUUUUGCUUAAUCACCAGGGCAAUUUCAUCCAAAUCCUUCAAAUCAGACUAAAGACCAUGUAAGACAGGCUAGCCAGCUAGCAUAGCACUUAGCUUGCUAUGCUGUUAGAGGAAGAGGCGGAAGAGGCGGCAGUUGUGCGUGUUAUCAACACCCAAGUCGUGCGUGCGUGCGUGGAGUACGUGAGGGUGGGUUCUUGUGACCUACCUGCAGUAGGGGGCCGGCACUAAUCUAAGCAUUGUUCCCGUGAGGCACCUGUACUCACCACUGCACCACAGUCAUAAUCAUUUGGCCCCGCCUCUUCUCCAAAUUAAAACCAGUUGAAAGUUGGCCCCUGACGUACUGUAUGUAAUAUUGCAUUGUGGGACACAAUCAGCAAAUACCAAAAAUCAGAUAAUCAAUAGCUAUGGAUCCCAGUAUGACAACUUUACUAGAGAAGAAUGAUGAUCAGAUUUUUAUAUUUGCUCUCAAGACAAGAUCAUGUUUUGACCAGAGAAUAAAUGACAUGUGAAAAAUCUUCUGCCUUCAUGAGCGAACGACACGUGAUGUGAGACGAUGAGAAGCUUUCCCUGGUCAUUAGGGUCAAUGUUGCUUCACUGCUGCGGCUGUGGUGAGAAACACUUAGAGAAGCCGCAGCUUUGUUUAUGUCGACGCGUUCACGUCACGUCAUGUGACGCUGACGGGACGAAAUCAAUCAAGAGAUUCACGGCGUGUCAGCAGAUCUGAGUCACUUCUUUUCUUUAUUAAUGCACUUGUGUGUAACAUCCGUGACAUUUGUUUUCUCUACACUUCUGCUUUCAUAAAUGUGUCAUUUUGACUUUAUUGUGAAGGGAAACGAACAGUGAACAGUUUGAACAUGUCUGGGUUUGUAUUGCGUCUGUUCAGAUUUUUAUUUAUUAUGUGUUAUAUUUGAUCCUGCUAAUGUUGCAUUCGGCUCCAGCGCUUUCUUUGCAAGUCGCCUUGAAUGCAGAUACCUCACAAUCUACCUGUACAUAGUCAUAGUAAAGUAUAAAUACCAGAUAUACCUCAUAAAUUCCAUUUAUUUUUUAUUGUACAGCCACUUGAAAUCAAUGUUUCAACAGAUCACUGGAUUUUCCUUUUCGUUUGUUUUCAUUGUUUGUAUGAUUCUACCAAAGAAGGGAAUAUUUUAUUGACACACAUCUACCUCAUUUGUUAUAGACUGUGCCAACGAAUAUGUCCACAAUCUUAAUUGCCAGUGUAUCCACGGUGUUUCAUAUCCAUGUUUGUGUGAAUACAAAUGCUUAUCGCUCAAAGAAAAAGAAGAAAAACACAAACAGAAGAUUACAGUCGAGCAUCAAGCAACAUGUUCAAAGUGCUUUUUAUGUCGGGUGUUGUGCCGGCGCAACAAAACAAAUCCACUCAACACAGAGAGGACGACGGCGGCGGCGGCGGCGUCACAGUCACAGUUGCCCUGCAGAGUUACACUGUCAGAGCUGCAAACUAAUGUUUUCAUCUGAUCCUCAGACUUUUGCCAAAAUAUAACACAACAGUCCGCUAAACACUCAUUUACUGAGCACGAGGAUGUUCCACCUCUAGUGUUGGAGUCAAGACCACAUUAAGUUCACAUGCAGCCACACACACACAUACAGUGUUUUUAGCACAUGAUGACAGUGUAACGCUCCAGGCCGAGUGUUGGCGAUAAGGCUGUUAAACUGUGCGAGUGUAGUUGACGUUGGGGUAAUUGUACGAAGUCGGUGGUGCAGCAGAGGACAAUGGCGAGCCGCAGUCGUCUGUGGAGCUGCUGUGCUUAUAAUUCUCACUCUUACUUGAAACUCGCUCAUUAGCAAUCAGAUGUUUUUGCAGAUAGAAAAACGCAGAGGUCAGAAAAGUCACUCAAUGUCACUCAGUGUUUGAAUACUAAAACAAAACCACCUCGACUUGAAUACUUAGAUGAAACCAGAGAUACAUGAUACAUGUGUCCAACCUUCAGUUCUGAAGUGGAAGUGUCCAGAACCUGUUGAAUUAUUGUAUAAUAUAUAAGACUCAGUCUAAAAUCAUCAUGUUUGUGGCCUGUGGGGCUGCAACUUACAAUUAUUAUUGUCUUUUAUCAAUUACCGUUGGUUGUUUUUUCAAACAAUAGAUUUGGUCCAAAAUCUGUCAGAAAAAUCUCAGCUGAUGUUUUAAAAAUGAAACUUCCUGUUGUGUUUUGUCUCGUCCGGAGCAAAGAAUCCAUUUAAGAACUCACUGAACUGUUUCAUGAGAAGAAAAUGUCAAACUGUUUAAUCAGUUAUCAAAAGAGUUGAUGAUUCAUUCAGAGGUCAAUUAAUAAUCCAUUCACUCUGAACACGGUCAGCAAUCGUGAAGCUUCUUAAGGUGGAAAAGCAAAUAUUCAGUGACCAAAAAAGCUUGAUUUCCUUCACGAGCGACAAACAAAUAACUCACACAACGGAUUUGAUGUGUGUUAUUGUUUGUGUUGAGGUUAACGUGUUGGUCAGGAUAAAUCCUGUUCAUUGUUUCCCCUCUUUGAACCUUGCGUAGGAGAUUACUCGCCACAUUUUAUAAAUCUGUGAGAUUGUUACACUUCGUACGCUGCCUCUGAAUCAGGGCUCCUUUUUUCAACUUCCAUGAUCUCAGCUUGAGUUGCUCAGCACUGGCUCCGUGUACAUACUGCUGAAUGAUGCCAAUCACUGAACACUUCAGAGGACAUGACUGUGCGCGUCAUUCUUUUCACCAAAGACUUUUUCACGCUGUGACUCACUUGAUUUCCUUUUAAAGAGCAGAGCAGACGAGCAAAAGACGAAGCAACGGCUCUGCAUGCAGAAAAACAACCAUUGAAUUAUGUAAUCGAGUAACAUGUUGUUUACUUUGUAUUUUAUCUAUGCUAUGCCGCUAGUUUUUAGACACUUAUUGCUUUAUUAGCUGUGUAUGAUGCUUUAAAUGUUUCUUUUAUUUCCCUUUUGUCCAUCUUGGAUGAAUCCAGUGCAUUAUGGGAAAGCUGGAUUGUGGUGCUCAGGGGUUAAAAUAUAUAUAUAUAUAUAUAUAUAUAUAUAUUAAAAAAAAGAGGUGAAAGAGAUUUUCCUGUUUUGCCAUUUGACUUGUAGUGUAUUUAGAAAUAAAAUCAUGCUUUUAACUUCA